AUGAGAACCAUGGCGAGGUCCACGGCGCUUUCCCUCCGCGCUGUCCUUGCGUUUGCCGCUGGCGUGUAUUCGCAAUCAUGCAUUGGUAGCACUGGUGCCAAGGUCUAUGAGGCCGAGGAUGGUGUUCUCUCGGGAACGAAGCUCGACACCGCCCAAGCCGGUUUCACAGGUACUGGUUAUGUGACUGGCUUCGAAGGUGACAACGCCAAGGUCACCAUCAAUGUCGACUGUACUGGAGAAGGGCAGAAGCUCUUUGACCUAAACAUUAGGUUCGCUGCCAUCUAUGGCGAGAAGCGUACCAGUGUCGUUCUCAACGGCGGUGCUUCUAACGAGGUCCUCCUUGCUGCCGGCGAGACCUGGGCCACCGUUUCUGCUGGCCAAGUGCUGCUCAACGAGGGGAAAAACACGAUUGAUAUCGUGAGGAACUGGGGAUGGUACCUCAUUGACUCCAUUACCCUGACUCCUACCGCCCCUCGCGGCCCUCACAACAUUAACGAAGCCCUCACCAACGCGAACGCCAACGCUGAUGCUAAGGCGCUCUACUCCUACCUCCGCUCCAUCUACGGCAAGAAGAUCCUCUCGGGCCAACAGGAGCUCUCCUAUUCCAACUGGAUCAACGAACAAGUCGGCAAGACACCCGCCCUCGUCAGCGUUGACCUGAUGGACUACUCUCCCAGCCGUGUCGAACGCGGCACUGUCGGCACUGCUGUCGAGGAGGCCAUCACCCACCACAAGCGGGGCGGUAUUGUCUCCGUCCUCUGGCACUGGAACGCACCCACUGGCUUGUAUGACACCGAGGAGAACAAGUGGUGGAGCGGUUUCUACACGCGAGCCACCGACUUCGACGUCAGCAAGGCUCUGGCCGACACCACCAACGCCAACUACACGCUCAUCAUCCGCGACAUCGACGCCAUCGCCGUCCAGCUGAAGAAGCUCCAGGACGCCGGUGUCCCCGUUCUCUGGCGCCCGCUUCACGAGGCUGAGGGUGCGUGGUUCUGGUGGGGUGCCAAGGGCCCCGAGCCGUGCAAGAAGCUCUGGGCUUUGUUGCACGACCGUCUGACGAACCACCACGGCCUGAACAACCUUGUCUGGAUCUGGAACUCCAUUGCUCCUGCCUGGUACCCUGGUGAUGACACUGUCGACAUUCUCAGCGCUGAUGUUUAUGCUCAGGGCCACGGACCCAUGACCACGCAAUACAACGAUCUCAUCACCCUCGGCAAGGACAAGAAGUUGAUCGCUGCGACCGAAGUCGGUAGUGCGCCUUUCCCUGACCUGCUUCAGGCAUACGAGGCUCACUGGUUGUACUUCUGCGUCUGGGGUGACACCUUUAUCAACAAUGCUGAAUGGAACAGUGUCGCAGACUUGAAGAAGAUCUACGAGAGUGAUUAUGUUCUUACUCUUGACGAGAUCCAGGGCUGGCGUGGAUAG